UAGGAGCAUUGUUCAGAAACACACAUAUAUAGCAUAAUUGAGAAGCAGGGUGGUGAGUACCAAGAGAAGCUAAAAUGGGACUUGGGACUCUACCAUUGACCCCUUCUUAUAGCACUUUCUCUUCAAAGCCCGGACAUGUUCAUGACACCACUAACCGCAGCAUGCUCAAUAGAAGCAUGAAAUUCAGAGUUUCAGCCAAACAAGAGAAGCAAGAAGACAAUAAGAAAAAGCAAUCCUUGUUUAGCAGUGUGACUGAAGCUCUUGAUUUUUCUCAAGUGAGAUCCGCAGAGGAUGCUCAGCUUCUAGAAGAUGCCAGAGAAGCCACAAAAUCUGGAGAAAGGAUGAACAGGGAACAGUAUGGAGCUCUUAGAAGGAAAAUUGGUGGUACAUACAAGGAUUUUUUCAAAUCUUACGUUGAAGUGGACGGGGCAUAUGUUGAAGAGGGAUGGGUUGACAAAACAUGCAAGGUGUGCAAAAAGGACACCAAGGGUGAGGCAAGACAAGUGGACAAGUUUGGAAGAUAUGUUCAUGUAGCAUGUUUAGAGAGGUCCAAAAGUGGAAACUUCUUUACUAGACUCUUCUCUAUGUAAAGAGAGAAGCAUUCAAGAGUCAUGAAAUGGUGGGGGAAAAACAUUUUCUCUUCUUAUAUGUAGUUUUAUGCCCAAGGAUUCUAUUUAGUCAUCCAAUUAUCACAUUAGGUAUUCAGCUUUUUUAUUGUUCAAUACAAGAAGAAGAAAAAAUUAAUUGUAUUUUCCUCGUUGGCCAAAUGAAUUAUAGCAAUCUCAACCACACAAUUUUUAUUUAUGUCAAACUUUAUCAUCAUAGUUAAACAAAUAUAAGUAUUAUUGUCUUA